AGUCCACUCGAUCGGAAGUGAGACUUGUAGGCAGAAACAAAGUGGCGCUAUCCUUCUCCGGUGAUUAAGAUAACGGCGCAGGUGAAUCUCCCAGGCGCCAUGUCGAGCCUGGAGCAGCCGCGGCAGAUGCACAAGCACAAGACCACCUCCGAGCGCCUUCUCAUCUCGGUGCGCUCGAAGCUGGGAGAAGCCUUGGAAGUGAACGGCGUGCCCCAGGCUGCCAGCGAGCUGAUCCAAGAGGCGGAGGCGCUUCUCAGAAAAGGGGAGCAGCAUCUGGCGAAGCCCCGCCUCGCCAGCAUCUCUGGCGAGGAUAUCUUCCAAGGAGCAGAUGAGCACGCGAGGCGUUACCUGCUGCAGACCUUCACGGAGCUCGACCUGGGUGCUGCCGCCGGACACCAGGCCACCAGCCCCAUGCGCCGCUCCCAGGUCUUGUCCAACGUGUCCAUUGACAUUCCACCAGAUGGCUCGGUGAUCUCACCAAGCUCACCAAAGACCGUUGCCCAGCAGGCGUUGCAUGCCUUUUCAGUGCAAGAGGCUUUGCAUAAGGCUGGAGCCUUCGACUUCGACGCCAUCGCCUUUGCGGCGCUCCCGGAGGUGCAGGGGCAGCCCAUCACCCUGCUGGGCAACUACAUGCUCUCCUCCUCCGGGUAUAUCUCCCUUCUGCAGGAGACCGGCUGGCUCAGCCAGGGCGACUUCGAGGGGAGGCUCACGCGCUUCCUCACGGAGAUCGACCGGAGAUAUCGACCUGAGGCGAUCUACCAUAGCUCGGCACACGCCACAGACGUCAUGGCAACGAUCUGCUGGUUUCUGCGGCUGCCCUACUUCUCGGAGCGCAGCUCGAUCUUGGACUACACCUUGAGCGUCAUCGCCGGCGCCGUGCAUGACGUGGGGCACCCUGGCUUCAACAACGACUUCCAGAAGACGACCUUCUCAGAUCUGGCGCUGAGAUACAACGACAAGAGCGUCCUCGAGAAUUUCCAUGUUGCGACCGCCUUCGAGUUGAUGAGGGAUGACGCGGACUGCAAUUGGUUCGAGCUGCUGAAUACUGAGUACACCGAGAACGAGGAGGAGACGGUGAAUCUCCAACAGUACGUGCGGCGGAUGCUGGUGUCCAUUGUGCUGGGCACGGACAUGGCGAAGCACAACCGGCACAUGAAGCACCUCACCAGCGUGGUCGAGGCGGAGGCCGUGGAGCUCCGGGGCCAAGAGGCCAUGGACAGGACUGUCUUCCUCUUGACGGCAAUGGUGCACGCGGCGGACAUCUCCAACCCUUGCAAGCCUCGGAAGAUCAUGCUUGACUGGACGGAGCGGGUGAACCUGGAGUUCUGGGCCCAAGGGGAUGAGGAGCAGCGCUUAAACCUGCCCAUCAGCCGCAUGUGCGACCGCACGGCGGGCUUCAACGCGGUGCCGGCUGGGCAGAUCGCCUUUAUCAAGUUCGUUUGCGAGCCCUACUUCGGCCUUUUAGCGCGGCUCUGCCCUGAAGCGGAGGAGUGUACAUCCUCCCUGGCAGAGAACCGGAAGUACUGGGAGGAGAAGGACAAAGAGAAAGCCACCUUUGACGACCUCUUCCGAAAGCCACCCCCGCCACCCCCGCCCACCAAAGUCUAGCUCAGGGAUAUUGCCCAGCUGGCUGCCUGGAGAGGUGAGCAAGAA